AUGGAAGGAAUCACAGCACCACCACCAACAUUCCCAGCUCAAGAUCUUCCAAUCUUGGGCGAUGCGCCAACUUCUGCCCCCGUACAAAUACCGGCUACAACUGGAAUCAGCGCUGAUGAAAUCGCCCUCUAUGACCGACAAAUCCGACUUUGGGGCGUCCAGGCGCAAGAGAAGAUCCGCAAUGCUAACAUCUUACUCAUAACCAUGAAAGCUCUCGCCAACGAAAUAGCCAAGAACCUUGUUCUAGCAGGCAUCCACUCCCUCACAAUCGUCGACCACGAGCUCAUCACCCCCAGCGAUCUAGGCUCCCAAUUCUUCAUAUCCGAAUCCGACAUUGGUACGAAUCGAGCAGAGGCUGCUGCGCCGCAGAUUAGAAAGCUGAAUCUGAGAGUCAGUGUGAUUGUCGAUCAGACGGAUAUUAGAUUGAGGGGCCCAGAUUACUUUGGCGCAUUCGAUGUGGUUAUUGCGACGGACUUGCACCCGGAUUCGUUAAACAUUAUCAAUACGGCUACGAGGAUCAAUCAUAGACCUUUCUAUGCGGCGGGUGUACAUGGUUUCUACGGAUUCAUAUUCUCGGAUCUGAUUCAGCAUGACUAUGUUGUUGAGCGGGAGAAGAGCAACCGGGCCACGGUACUUGGACCAGAGACACGAACACGCAGUGUGGUUGAUGUGAAGGUCAAGAAAGAGGGUGGAAAGAAUGUCGAGAUGGUCACAAAGCGGGAGCUCUAUUCUACGUGGUUUUUGGCUAGCGAUGCUGCAAGUCUACCUGCCGAGUUCCUCAAGAGCAGACGUCGACUGAAGGCUGUCACACCAAUUCUGUCCUGUCUUCGUGCUCUAUGGGAGUUCUUACAAUUCAACGAUGGUCGGAUGCCAAGCACAACCGAGGAUCUCAAGAUGUUUACCGUCCUAGCCACACAAAAGCACAAGGCUCUAGGUCUACCAGACGAAACACUUAGGUCGGAAGUUCUUCGCAAGUUUUUGCAGAACCUAGGAAGCGAGAUCGCCCCAGUCACAGCUGUUCUCGGUGGUCAACUCGCACAGGAUGUGAUUAAUGUUCUUGGUGCUCGGCAACAGCCAAUCCAGAACAUGGUGAUCUUCGAUGGCGACACGAUGGAAGCACCAAGCUAUCCUCUACAUCCAGAAGGUCUUCUUGGUGAAGCUUUGCUGCCUCUUUCCGUUGGAGCUGAGAAUGGUGCUAUUAUGGAUGGUAUCUUGCCGCUGAAUGGUGGUUUCCAACCAGACAUCAUUCCCGUCUGA